GGAUGUUGUACUCUCUAACCGACAACAAAACUGCGUUUUGGAGUUUUUACAGUUUUUGACAGACGAUCCCUCAUUUUUUUAUUUUUUUAUUUAUUUGAGCCAGACCGAAGAACCCUAAAAAAAAAAACCACAGAAAUUUAAAAGGGAAAAGCAGACACGUUUUUAUUUAGCUAGUAGGUAUCAAAUUGGAGCAUAAGUUAGAUAUUGACAUAGAAUAUUUUUGACGUUUACAUUUUAAACCGGAAAUAUAGUUUAUUGUUUUAUUUUUUUUGUUUUAUUGACUAGACCAAUUAAACUUGUGAAUGUGCUGAGAACUGAAAAAGGGAAAUAUUUUAAGACAGCGGAUUCGUUAGCGCGUAAGGACACACCAAUGCACUAUUAAAUUUGGGGAGCUAUUUUAAGUAAAUAGAAAAUGACCUUAAAAGAUUGGAACAAAGGCAAAAAGAAGAUACUUUAUUAUUGUUUAAAACGUGCUGUAAAACUAAACUUAAAUGUUGAACCAUAAUGAAGAAAAAACUACAUGACGUAAGAAUUUAGUUGACUUUUUUUUAGCAACGAAUACCAACAGGAAGGUAAAGAAGAACAUUUCUUUCAUUGGUUGUCAAAAGUCUUGUUUUUAUUAAGCAGUUAAAACUACUUACUGGCACGGUCUUGCUACAUCGUGAUUUGCUUGCUAAAAAAAAAAGUUCAAUGGAGCAUUGAUUCGAGACAAGAAAACGCUAUUCAUAAACUGGGGACAGCUGUAAACUUGGCUUGUCGCUGUUAUUAUUGCCAUUAUAUACACAAAAAAAAAACAUUUAAAAUGGUGGAAACGCGGUGUUUGGUGCAAAGGGAAGGUGUAUACCGAUGGUUCUCGGAGUUAAACUCUGCUCAGAGGGUCGAAUUCCUUUGCGGGCUGCUCAACCUCUGUGUGCCCAUAGAGCUUCGGUUUCUGGGUUGCUCCUUGGAGGAUUUGGCUAGAAAGGACUACCACUCGCUCCGUGAUGCCGAGAUCAAGGCUAACAACGCCGCCGACCUGGCCACCCUGACCAACAUAACGGACGAGGUGGUACGGAGCAAAUUGUUGAUCGCUCUGGCACUGCUCAAUUCUGACAACCGGGAGGCAGCAGGGGUCCUUUUCAGAACUCUCACACAUAUCGACUCAAUAAUCAACAACUACGGGCUUCAGCUCAACGACGGGCAAACCGGGGACCAGUUUUUGCUUCUCUUCACCAUGGCUUCGAAUCACCCGGCCUUUAGUUUCCAUCAGAAACAAGUGCUGAGGCAGGAGCUGACUCAGAUACAGGGCAUUGUAAACACGACGUGCAAUAACGCAAACCUUACUACCACGAACACAGUAACAGUCACAAGCUUUACCACCACCACCACAUUUAGCUCUUGUACUGACUUUCAUUGCUGCCACAAGGUCUCACAUAGGGAUGAGAGCGCGGUGAGUGGGGACAGUGUGAACAGCUUGGAAAACGCACUCCAGACCUCGGCACAUUCCUCGGAGGAGACGGCACUCACAGGGUCUGCAGGGAAACACACCAGAGCAUGCAAUGAGAGAAUAGAACUAAAAGGAUUACCGAACAAAAAGACAACAGACUCUUCCUCUGAGCUGUUCCCAGAUGAAGCUGUAGAGCAGUUCAUUCCACUCCCAGCUGGCCUCGACUCUGCUUACCUGGAGGAGAGGAACCACACUGACCUGGAGCCAGAUCCCAGGUACCUGGCCUCUCUACCUUCCCAUGUGUUGAAAAACGACCAAGUCAAGCAAUUCUUCAGCCCUUUCUCAGUAACUCAGAAUGUUCAAAACUUGAAUCCUGUCUGUACCUCGCAGCACAAAAUCACCCCCAGUACUGCUGUAAGGCCAGUUUGUGGUGUAGCCAGCAUACAGUCCACACAUUGCAGCAGCAGCAGCACACUGCAAUCCUCUCCUCACUCCUUCACCGCAGCUUUUCCUCCCUCCCAGACCGCUGAGAACGUAUCUGCCUUGACGAUUUCAACAAACACAACUAACCCAGUCUUGCAGCCAACCCAGGAACAGAAUGGGAUUCUCGACUGGCUUCGCAAACUGCGCUUGCACAAGUACUACCCCGUGUUCAAACAGCUUGCCAUGGAAGAGUUUUUGGCACUCACAGAAGACGACCUAAAUAAAUAUGACCUCACUCAAGGAGCAAAGAAAAAAUUAAAAACACAGCUGGAACUUCAAAAAGAGAAAUCUGAGAAGCGCUGCGUGCUGACCCCUUUUCAAAUGCCAAGCAGUGGUGUGGCCAGGGUACCGCCCACCAGCCAUGUCGGCCCAGUCCAGCCCAUUCAAACCAGCACUGGUACAGAGCUGCGUGUGGAGGUGGAGCCGAGUCCUCACCCCUUCCCCAGGGACAGCAGCUCCUCCUCGGGGUACUCAAGCUCUCCCUCCAGCCCCAUAGGGAUCCAGACCCGAGACGAGACCUUCGAGAGCCCGGAGGACGUGAGCAGACGUAGAGAGCCAGUGUUGGAGUGUCCUGACAUGGAAAAGCUGGCUGUGCUGUCAAAUCACUUCAUAGCAGCCUGCGCUGCAAGGCCCACAGCUCAGGUCCUGCCAGUCCAGAAUGACACUGGUGCAAACUCCUCCCACCCCCACCUCCCCUUGCCAGUCCUGCCAACCCUCUCCUGCAGUGCCCCCCCAACCCGCAUGCACAGCACUGUCCGCAAAGCAGAGAGGGGGAGCUCCCGGCUGCCCCUGUCCCCUCUCUAUCUGGAGGAGAAAAUGAAAACCUUGCAGGUCUCUUCGGGGCCUGGCAGCAGCAUUAAAAUCGAGAAAAGGUUCCCCAGUGUCAACUUGGAGAUGUCCCCCGUGGAAAACAGCGCGGUUCCAGCAGGUCUUGUGAACUUCGGGAAACGGACCACAAUCAGGCUGGACGCGGAUCCCAGACCGGCACAGCAACCGGGAUUGAUCAUAGAGACCAGUACAGCUACCACCGCCACAUCCAACACACACUAUCACAUGUCCCACCCGCCUCUUAUUAACUCACGGACGCUUCCUUACUCAGCAAACACCAAAGUUGCCUUUUCCACAGUGAGCAGUGUUCCCAUGGCUGCUGUUCCUGGCACUUACUGUGUCAACAGUGGCACCAGCCCUUCCAACAGCCAUGCGCCUGGCUCCAGUCCCACCCUCUCCUCCAUUGCAGAGAUCAGCUGCUACAGUAACAGCAGCACAGGCUCAGGGAUUUCAAACCAGAACUCGCAGCAGCAAAGAUGCGUGUGCAGCUCGUGUGGCUGCAAUGGGAACUGUGGCUCAUACAGUCCCAUGCCAGCCAAUUGCACGAGUUACUUCCAACACCCGUUUUCAGGACCCUCUGUGAUUACCUUGCCAUUUUUGCACUUCAGCCCGCUGUGCAAUAAUGGCUACAUCAGCCCUCCGCAGUACAGCACCACCACAGGAUUCUCUUACCCCAUGGUCCCCCCGCCCAUGUACAACAGCAGCUUGACUCCGGAUUCCAUGCUGAGCAGCCAGUCUGGCUUUGUCAUGCCUUCGAUGCAGAAUUUCAUCGCAGGGGCAGCAGGGGUGUACCAGGCCCAAGGGAUGACUGGUGGUACCAGUGGGGCUGGACAAAAGAAGAAUGGGAAUGUUUCGUGUUACAACUGCGGCGCCAGCGGGCACCGAGCUCAGGACUGCAAGCAGCCUUCGAUGGAUUUGAAUCAACAAGGUACCUUUAGGUUGAAGUAUGCUCCUGCUCCUGAAAGUGUGGACUCUGCAGAUUUAGUAUUACCAAGUGAAAGAUUAAAAACAUAAAUUGCCAAACAUUACACAAUGGAGCAUGCAGACAAACUGCUGCUGAUGCUAAAGUGUCUUACAGUGGCAUUCUCCAAAGGUGCUCUUAAUGUGUACUCUUGGGAAUAAACAGUUCUUGAUGUGCACUAGUUCAACCUUGAUUGAAGAUAAGGGAUGUUGUGUCAAGAAAUCGUGGAAUCAUUGGUGUUCCCUUUCAUACUACUACAAACUGCAGGACUGAAUUUUGUUCUGAAUGAACUUCAGAACAAAAUUGAAGUCAGCUAAUCCGAUAGCUGGUGGGCUGACCCAGCACUAUUUUGGGAAAAUUAACUGGACAACUUGUUUUUUAUGACUUUCUAGCAACAUAACAUGAAACAUGUAUGGACUGAACAGAAUGUAACCUAUGCCUGCCAGGCUGUUCAUCUUGGACCAAAAUGACCACCAACUAAGCCUUCAACUUUGCACUUCAGGAGGCCAGUUGAAUGGAAAAAAAUGGACAAACCUUUAGGUUAAAUCAAAUUCAUAAAAAAUGUAUGCAGUUUUAUAUAAAGACAAAUGAUGUAAUCAUGGACAUAAAAGAGCAUAGUGAUGACAGGAGCAGAUUGUCUGGAUUAAAGUGGUACUCUAUUAUAACACGCAACCAUACGAAAAGCAACCCACAAACACUUCCUUAAGGGCAGAAGGCUGGGUAGUUGAUAAAGCAAACUUCAAAUCCAGAUUAGUUGGGAAGAAAUGACAAGCUGAGGACUGCUUUGCAAGAUAUGGGCUUCUCUCACCACCCAGUCCUACCGGAAAGCCAAUGCUGCUGCUUGUACCUCUAACCAACAUCUGCCCAGCAACUACCAGUAGUGUGGAGUUGUUGCAGUGAUGGCAGAAGACACUGCAGAGUGAGGGCAGGAAUACUCCAGAAUGUGGAUUAUUACAAAUCAAUCAUGCUGAUGGUCCGAGCUACAGUCUAGCUAGCUUUACUUUGAAGCUACAUGCUUGAGCUCUUGUGUGCAGCAGAUAUAUCAAUACGGAAGAUGUUGUUCGUGUUUGAUUCAGCACCAGUUCAAAGUAAACUCCACCUGGUUCAGUAGGCCAAGCAUCCAUAACUUAAAAAACUUUGGGGGUUAUUUAUAAAACUGAGUAAAUGUUUGUUAAUAAAAGUAAAAAGGCAAAUCCCCAUUCUGGGCAUAAUUACUUAAACAAUAUAACUUAACAUGUCAGAUCAGUACUUUCAGUAAAGGAAAGCAGAUUUAUAUUUUUGAAAAGGAAAACAACUUAACUCAAAAUUCGCCUAUCAGAUUUUGAAAAUAACCCCCUUAGUCAGAUAUACACGUCUUUGCCCUUGUCUGUUAAAAUGCCACAAAGACAUUUGUCCAGUCUAUUGCAUGAAAGGUUUAUCAUGAACCAAAAAACAGCACCCUUUUAAAAAGAUUCAAGUUAUUUUAUCUUGGAUAUUUUGGACACUAUUUACUAUUUGAAAAUUAACCAGCUGCUGCAAAACUUAUAGGAUACUGCAGUUAAAACAUUACUGUACAACAGGUAGUGUAAAUAGCAGGGAUUUCAGGUUUAAACUUGUGCCAAUACGCUGGUUACAGUGUUUUGAUUUGUUUGUUUUUGUGCCACACUAGGGUUUUUUUCCCCAAGGAUAAGAUUCUUGAGAUGUACAUUUUAAUACUCAAGAUUAAACCAAAGCAUCAGAAUAUUUGAAUUUCAAUGAACAUGACAAGUUGAAAGAGCCUUUAUAACAUGUAUGCAAGACAGACCAAGUGUUCUGUAUUUCCUGUAGAAAUACUUCAGUGCUGCGUGGGAUUUGUGUAGCUCUAAUCUCUAUCAAAGCUGGGGACACAUUGCUGACAUGGGGACUGCCUUCAUUCUUUUCUGACUGUGUGCACCUCAAGUAAAAAUCCCUAGUGCGCGACCUGAUGAUUAAAGACUGUACUUUGAUACUGGGAAGGGAGAUAAAAAGUCUAUCCUAAAUAAUUGUGUGUGUUUAUUGAUAAUUCUACUGCUAUGGCCAAAAGUUUAGCAUCACCUAGAAUUUUAUGAUUGAGAUUUAGGAUUGAUAAAUAAAUAAAUAAAUAAUAUAUGAACAUAAUUUAGGUCUUUUGUUUAACAUUGUGUAGUCCAGGAAACUACAAAAUUAUGUUGCAAAAGUCUACCGAAAGCCAUAGUAGACGUACAAUAUUUUGUUAGAUUUCAAAAUGUCAGUUUGUCGUUAAGUAUGUAAUUCAAAGUUAACAUAAUAUUAUUCAGCAGGUUUAAUUCGACUUUAUAAAGCCAAAUUAGUUAAUUAUAUAGAGAUUACUAAACUUUUUGCCAUAGCUGUAUAUUUAAUGUUACCUUUUAUCAGUAAUGUGACAGUUCUGAUUACAGAAUCCAGAGAAUCCUAUACAAUCAUGCCGUAAAAACCCAACCAAGCUGCUGCUACGAUCAGAUAUUUUAUGUUGCACCAUUGCAUUACAGUCAGUCAUUUUGAAGUUGCCCCUUUAUCCAGGAUUAUUUCAUUUUCCAAAUUACUAAGUACUAAGGUAAGUGUCUAAAAGAAAAGAAAAAAUAGUUGUACCAAAACAUUGCAGAAUUAAAAUUGAUAACACUAUGUAACACAAUUUUUGUUUUGUUUCACAAAAGCAAAGUUUGUGGGGAAUAAUAGCCAUUUUCUA